ACGACACUGCAGUCUUGCCAGCGGAUGCAGCCGCACCGAAGCAUACACAGCUCGCCGAUCAAUUAUCUCUUUAUUUUCAAGCUGCUGUCAAACAAAGGUAACACCCACAAUGGCGACAGCGUCUUAUCCACUUGAUGCAGAGCUAAUGCGAGAAGUCCUUGAAUGUCCUAUCUGCCUGGAGACCUUCAACGAGGACCAACUCAGACCAAAGCUCCUUCAGUGUGGUCACACCGUAUGCCGACAUUGCCUCGAGAAACUCUUGGCCAACACCAUAAAUGGCGUACGCUGCCCCUUCUGUAGCAAGGUCUCACGCAUGAGCAGCAUCUCACAGUUGGCAGACAAUCUCACAGUUCUGAAGAUCCUCGAUUGUGCCACAUCCUGCAGUGCGGCGGCCGCCGCCCUAAUGUGUGGGUCCUGCUGCAACCGCUUACCACGGCAGUACUGCCACGACUGCACCGUGGUUCUGUGUGAGCUAUGUAAAGGCGAGGGGCAUCUACACAAGGGCCAUUCCGUCCAGCUGAUUCGGAUGGCCGCUGAGCAACGUCGUAAAGAACUGGGCGGUAAGCUGUCUACCCUACGUGAACUCAUGGGUGAAAUCCAGAAGAAAAAGACAGCAAUUGAAAACGUUUCCAAAUCCUUGAGAGCCAAGUAUCGCGCAGUGCAGCAGGAUUACACCACAGCCGAGCUGCUGCUUCAAGAUGAGCUGAGCCAGUCUCGGAUGACGUUCAGGGCGUCCAUGGCGGAAGUGCAGAAGCUCAACGCGCAGGUCCUCGAGGAGCAGACAUAUCGCCUGAACAUCGCGGAGGUAAAGGUGGUGUCGUGCUGCGAUUAUCUAAACAUGCGGGUGAGGCAAAGCGAUAUCAGCCUGCUCAAGGAUGAAGGAGCCGGAUGUGACGAUGAGGAGCUCAACCUGAGGAGCAGCCUACCCACCGUGUUCCAGCUACAUGAGCCCGAGCUGGUCCGCACAGAGAACUCUAAACCAACAGAGGUUGGGCAUUUGACCACCAGUCCAUACACGGUGAACACAGACAGUGCAGAAUGCAGGUUGGAGGCUGCGCUUGAGGAGGACGCUGAGAGUGUAGAAGGAGCUGUAGGUGGAGCAGUGGGGCCUCCAGUGGAUAUUUACCGAGAUGUGGACAUGAUAGCAGCUGCUGAUGAGACUUCCUGUAGCUCACCAGGCACUUACAAGUCCAAGUCCAUGGAUGCAGGAGGGGGAUCGCAAGACGGAGCAUGUGCCGGUCCUCCAUUGUGCCAGUUUGUGAAGAAAAUGGGCUGUAAGGGAACUCUUCCUGGCUCUUUCAAUUUACCAGUUAGCAUCUGUGUGACCCAGCAAGGCGAGGUCCUGGUGGCUGACCGUGGCAACUACCGCAUCCAAAUAUUCAACCGCAAAGGCUUCCAGCGUGAAAUCCGUCGCAACGCCAGCAGCAUAGAUAACUUCGUCCUGAGCUUCCUCGGCGCCGACCUGCCAAACCUCAUGCCCUUGUCCAUUGCGGUCACACCUCAAGGUCUAAUUGGGGUCACCGACAACUACGACAACUCGGUUAAAGUGUACACCAUGGAUGGACAGUGCAUCGCGUGCCACAAGAACCAACUUAUUAAACCUUGGGGCAUCACGGCUAUGCCUUCGGGCCAGUUUGUGGUGUCAGACGUGGAGGGAGGCAAACUGUGGUGCAUCGCUGUCGACCGUAACGCCGGUGUGGUGAGCUACAACCGGCUGUGCUCGGCGGUGCGGCCAAAGUUUGUGACGUGCGAUGCCGCCGGUACGGUCUACUUCACCCAAGGCCUGGCGCUGAACUUUGAGAAACGCCACAACGAGCCCCACCUCGAGGGCGGAUUCUCCAUCGGCUCGGUGGGCACCGACGGCCAGCUUGGCAAGCAGCUGAGCCAUUUCUUCUCCGAGUCGGAGGACUUCUGCUGCAUCACCGGCAUGUGCGUGGACACUAAUGGGGAUUUACUGGUAACGGACAGCGGCCGAAAGGAGAUCCUUCAGUUUCCCAAGGAAGGGGGGUUCAAAGUUCUCAUCCAAGAUGGACUUAACUGUCCAGUGGGGGUGGCCACCACACCCAAAGGGCAGCUACUCGUGCUGGACUGCUGGGACCACUGUGUCAAAGUGUACUCUUACAUUCAAAGAAGGCACUCGUCUACCUCCUAGAGGAUCUGCACCGAAGCGCAACAGGAAGUGUUGCUUCCUUUUGCUGUUUUGGUUCCUGCAUAAGCUGAAGGAAAGAGUUUGUUUUGUGUACACUUAAUCCCAUGCCACAUUUCUUUGGCCAACACAAUUUGAGUCACAAGCAACCUUAUUAUUUCAACAACUUACCUUGCAAUAAUCCAAGUAUACAGGCACAGGUUGUCAUUAAUAUAAGAAUUUAAGCUAAUUUCAUCUGUAAUUGCAUCAGACUCGCAAUACAGGAAGAGAAAUUAGCAUAUGGCCUUCGGGCCUGUGAAGCACUUUAUUGUGUCAUUGUUUUAUUAGCACAGACAGACAUUGACGGCUUUAAAGUUUACUGUGCAGUAAAAUAAAUCAAUAAGGACAUAUAAGUGUUUGUUGAACUGCAUCCAGUAACAUUCAGGGAGCGUGCAUGCACUGCAUAGUCUGCAAUGGUACAUACAGACUAACGGGACGAAUGCUGUGAAGACAAGCUGUGGAUUAUCACACUUUCACGUCAUUUUUGUGGGUUUUCACUCAUGGUAUUGCCUGAUUUCAAAGUAAGUGGAUAUGUAGCUGUCAGAAAAGAAAAAAAGACCAUCUGUCAUUAGCAAAAUGUAUUUUCUGUAUCAGUUCAGGUGUUGUCACCCCCCUCCUCCCAAGGAUCUGCUAAAAUGUAUUAAGGGGACAUUAAUCAUGAAAAUCACCUGUCAUACUAUAAUUCCACGGUCAUCAAUCUGUUCUAAGACAAUAUGCACCUUCCAGUCCAGGUUGUGUUCAUAAGAGCACGUUUGAGCCUUAAAGACGACUUUGAACUCUGCACUGAAAUAUCUGUAAGUUAAUUUAAUAGAUGGGUUUAAAAAAAACACUACAUUUAUUCAAGUACUGGUCCUGUUUUUGUACACAUGCGGUGUGUUUGUUUGGUAUCUCCACUCUAGUCUCAUAGGUUUAAACCUCACUACAGGUAGUUAAACUCCAUAGUCACUACCAGAAACAACAACAACAAACUAAGUGUCCUUGUGUCAGUGUGCUAAACUUUUUCAUGUUUCAUGUCAUUUAAUUAAGCAGUCAUUUCACCCUGCAAUAUGGUAUCGUUAAAAAGUAGUGACAUUUGCAAUAGGUCCUUGAACUUAACACCCCCACCCCCGCCAGGUUCCCCUCAGGUGCUCUGGAGCAUGUGGAUCCUUAUGAUGUGUUGAACACAUGGACGGAAAUAUUUUGUGUUUUUCGUGGUUGGCUUUUUGUGUUUGUAUCGUUGAUUCUCUUGAGUGCAAUAAACAUUUCUGAAACU